CUUACGGGCCAAGAAUAGUUCCUGUCCAAUGAUGCAACGCGUGUACUCAAAUGAUAUGCCUUUAAAUGCCUCACUGCAUGCAACAUGAAUUGAUCACAUCCUCAGCGAUAAAUCCACGAUGUGUGUACUGUGAAUCGUUUGCUUAUUCUGUGAUGAAGGGAGUUUUUCUGUCAUAUAACACUUUUAAUUAUUUUACCCUUAUGAUUGUGUGCACGUUCGUUCAACAGAACCAGAACAUAAUAUUCCGUCCCGUCCAGAAAAUAACACAAUCAGCAUUUGAAACGCUUCUUCUCGCGUUCAACACCGCAAGGAAACAUGACGAGGGCGUAAUACACACGCAUAACCUCAACAUAUACUACACCACACAGGAUGCACUGACAUGUGCACUCAUCGCAAGCAAAAAAUGUUACGAGAGUGACAUGUACGCGAUACUGAAGGCUAUAAUGGGGACUGUCACGUGCUUUUCUUCGCUUGAAGACGUGGUGGGUGCCUUUGAUGAUGUUGUGAACGAAUACACGUAUUUCCGGCUGAGCGCUGACAACCUGAAGGUGAUCAGGGAGAUGGACAGCUACGAGGAGAAGGUGCAUAAGAUGGUGACCAAGAACAAGGAGAUUGAGAAUGAAAAAGUUAUGAAGGAGAUAAGUGAGAAGGUUAAGACGAUGAACGUGAAGGGUGGUGUUCAUCCAUCCAGUAAUGUAAGCGUUGUUCCGCCCGUUAGUUACCCGUCGAUCACGGUCACAAACCCCUCGGCAGGUGCUGUAGACCAGGCACCCAGCAGGAUACACAGCAUUGACACCUUUGCAAAGGUUAAGAGUGAAAUUAGGAGAGAGCGCAGAAAAACACCGAGCAAGAAAAUACAACUGCAAAUUACGGAAAGACUUAAUCUGGUGGUUGACAAGGAAGGCAACAAGAAAAGUGGGGAGAUAAGCGGUGAUAUGACAAUGUACAUAAAGGACGAACUGUUUAAGGACAUAUCGAUCGAAAUACGUGCACCACAUCCGGUGAAGUACUCACCCAAUCUGUUAAAAGACAGUGCCAAGAAGAAGGUUUUGAAGGCUAAGAAGAGUUUUCCUAUCAACAAAUAUGUUGCGCUGGUGAAAUGGACAAGAAAAGCGGAAACAAGCGAUUUUACAUUCAAUCUAUGGCUUACCAAGAAUGAAGAGAGGAUUAAUGUGAUGAUGGACUACGAAAAGAUGAGUGAUCUGGGUGAAAUUGCGUUCCGCUUCAAUACGAAGGGAAGCGAGCUGUCGAGCGGGCAGUGCAAGGAUGCUGUGGUUUGGAGAAGUAAGGAGAACCAAGACAACAUUGAGUUUGUUGCCGACAACUCGGUGUUCCCGGUAAAUGUGUACUUUUGUGGAGCGAGAGAGUGCAUGAUAGGCGUUGAAAAGAUCCUGGUGGGUGAAGAAAGCGUGGAUGACUACGAGGUUGAGUAUUGCUAUGAGGGCGAUGAUGUUCAAAUUGUUGAAUAAAUGCGAG